AUGUGGGAGAUGGGAGGUGGGAGAAAGGAGGCAGGUUGCCCGCUUGCAUCGCGACAUGCCGCGUUCCGUCCAACGACGCUAUUCCUGCAAUGGAGUGGACUUGGUCGCCAUCCCAGCAAGGCAGCCUCCUCGCCGUCCUUCUUGGCGGCGCCCACUUUAACGGGCUUGACCCCGCGAUUCGCUGCUGCGCGCAUGCAACAGCCGCCGCUUCACGCUCCCCUAUUCGCCAACAGGCCACCAAGUCAAAGUGUCCAGGUCUGGCGGUGUAGCCUGAAUGAUGGGAGGGAGGUGGAGGAGGAGGAGGAUGGGGCCCGAAAAACCCAAGAGAUCUUUCCUCCCUCCUGGUCGAGUCUCUUCCAUGAUUUUAAAGUUGGCAGCAGCGUGGGAGGGUGUCGGCAUCAGGACGGCGGUACGCGUUGGGAGACCACCAGGGCAGCCAUUGACGUCCCAGCACAUACCCCGACUGCAGCCCUUCAUAUUCGACAAUUUCCAUGGCGUUCAUUCGCCGCUGCUAGCACGCCGGGGCACCCCCAACCCGAUCAGAGGAUGUUGUCUGCCCUACUCCGACCCUUUCAGGGUAUCACCUCCCAAGUCGGGGGUUCCACGGACCCCGAGCAAGACGUUGCAUCCCGCCCUUCUGUCGCCGAAUACCGCAGUCACCUUCAUGCCACCGCCGACUUCACCGAGGCCGACGACGACGAUGAGGAGGAAUCCAACGAUGGUGACAGGUCCCGCUACCCGGCCGAGGGACGCCCGGUGGAGGACGAGGAUGGCCCGGCUCGGCCUACCGGGCUCUUACCCCUCUUCACCGCCAACCAGCUAGAUACGCUCCCGAUAUACAGCAUGACCCACGCCAUCCGCAUUAUUGUUCAAACGAGGACCGAAACCACGCUGAGCUGGGAACAGCUCAGGUCCCCGCAGGUGUCGCAGUUUCUCGUCAAGCCGAUGCUGCAGCAGAUUCGCACCCAACAUUUUUGUCGAGGCACCCUCUACGCUCUGUUAGCAAACUGUCUCCAAUUUGAGAAGGAGGGCCAGUUGUACCCUGGAAACGCCGGCACAAGUGCCACCCGGGCGAAGGUGUGCGAACUUCUGGCUGUCAAGCUGCUCAAGGAGUACACGACCCGGGAGCUUAUCGAUGCGCUCUGUUACGACUUCUACCCCCUCCAGGGCAUCCCAGGUUCGCAGACACCUCUCGCGCCAGGGGGGCGACCAAAGCCGGCGACUCUUCGGACCUCAGCCAUCGAGGUCGCCAUCCGAGCCUCCGCCAAGCAGUUCCUUUCUCACCCCUUGGUGACGCAGCAACUCGAAGCCAUCUGGAACGGCGCCAUUAGCUUCUCUUCCCCCAGAGAGGAGCCCCAGCACCAGAGCUCCGUGCCGAGUGCGACAGGGAGUAACCAGUCGCGGCGCCAAAGCACUGUUCGUACCCCGUUACUGGGUGAUCAGCGGGCUAAAGAGGAACCGCUUCGGUCUCAGUCAUUCGCCGCUGGCCGGCGGUCUGUAACCCUAUACAACCCAAGGACUGCUUCUAUUUUUAGGCUCUCCCGGCUUCGUGUGCCCCGCUACCGGCGACUCUUCUCAACCUGCUCUCUCAUGAUCUUGAUAUCUCUAUUCCUCGCCGUGUUGAGCCAGAGAUCGAGCAAGAUCACCAGCUUAGAGCUGCUUUUCUGGUUUUGGAGUGCCGGUUUCAUGCUCGACGAGCUCGUCGGGUUUAACGAAGAAGGCUUUUCGUUUUACGCUAUGAGCUUCUGGAACAUCUUCGACCUUGGCAUAUUGCUCCUGCUGAUCGUUUACUACUGCAUGCGCAUAUACGGCGUGUUUCUUCUUGAUCCUCACCAAUGGAAUCAAAACGCGUACGAUGUCCUUGCUGUGAACGCCAUCCUUUUGCUUCCGAGGAUAUUCGGCGUGCUCGACCACUAUCGCAACUUCUCCAGGCUUCUGAUAUCGCUCCGGCUUCUCGCGGUAGACCUGGCUGCAGUCUUUAUGCUCGUGCUCAUCGGAUUUAGCGGCUUCUUUGUCUUCUUUGCGUUCUCCAAGAACCAAGAUGACCCUCCAGCGGUAGCCUACAAGAUGUUUCAAGUGCUCAUGGGAUUCACCCCAUCUGCAUGGGAGUUGUGGCCGUCCUACAGCUGGAUGGGCAAGUUGUUGAUGGGGCUGUUCCUUGUCAUCAGCCACUUCAUGAUCAUCUUCAAUUCUGCCAUCAAUACCAUUUCGAUGGCGAAGAAUGACGCGCUUUUCUCCUACGUAGCCCCGGGCAACAUUUUCGCUUGGGCUCUCAUGCCGCUACGAUAUUGCAUGAGCAUGGGGCAGUAUGUGCGGUUCAACCGCGCCGUGAUCAAAACCACACACUUCCCGCUGCUCCUCUGCAUAUUUUGUUACGAGAAACUCUUCCUCGCGCCCGAAAUGUACGAGGCAACGGAUCUUGUUGAUAGACUGCGCGGCCGUCCGCAUGCGUUCUCGGACCCCGGCGUCUUCAGCCCUAGCGCCCGAGUUCGCGAGGAAUCGGUGGUUGGCUAUCAAAAGGAUCAGGCGCUGGAAGAAGUGUUCCGGCGCGUCCCGGAUAUGAGGACGCAAAGACGGACCGAGCGACGGAGGACACAAACGGAAAUCCGGAGCUGGAUGGACCAGUAUGAAGGGGGGCUCAACUCGCCGCAGAACUAUUCAACCAUCGACAGCAGGAUAGGCAGUGACUGGCUGAGAAGGCUAAGCAUGAACCGAGAGCGGCCGUCAAGGUUCCCAAAGCACUACUCGGACAUCAGGUCAACGGCGAGUGACCCUGCCGAUUUUAUCUUGGAUGCUCCCUACCCAAUGGCUCCCGCCGUCUACGACGACGGUAUUGCCCGGCGGGAUUACGCUUUCGAGGUGAAGGAAAAUACGGACGCGGAUGGGGAUGACGAGCUGGUCACCAAUGACGAGGAUGAAGGAGAUGACAUGACAAACGCCAUGGACGAUCUCGGCCCGGUGAGGGAGGAUGUCAUCGACGAGGACUACUUUACAACCCCGGUUGCCCCCCGGUUCGCGGCCGCUGAGUUACCCGUCGAUUCCCCCCGCCCGACAACCUCCCGGCGAGUACCGCUUCACACGCGAACACUGUCGACCAACACGAUCCUCUAUGCCCCCGAGGAGUCCCAGACGUACAGCUCCUCUUCUGCCUCGGCCCGGCCCUUCUCCCGCCCUCUCAGCACACGCCACACACCCAUCGCCACCCCCCUAACACCAGGCGCCGGCCGCCGCUCCCCACGCCGCGCCCUCUACCUCGCCUCCCGCCCGCGUUCCAUGAUCCAACCGUCGACGGCACCUCACCGCAGCACCGGGGGGCUAACACUAGACAUCCCCAACACCGGACCGGGCAACGGCCUGCCCCCAGCCCGCCGGCGUUCCCUCGCGGACCUACUCAUGACGCCCACCGCGGGCGUCCACAACGACACACCCACCAGGGACAGAGACAGGGACAGGGAGAGGGACGCGCUCAGCCAAGACGACGCGCGCAGCAAUAGCACCGAUGUAGACAGACAAAUGCUCGCGCGCAUGCAGUCCCUCGAGGCGAGCUUGGGCCACAUGGUGCGCGAGAUGCGUACCCUAACAGGAGCUCCGGGUGGUGGCGGUGGCGGUGGCAGGCGCCGCAAGUCGGUCCCAGGUUUGGCUGCCGCGUGGAAUUCGGACGAGGGCAUUGUCGCGGCGGGCGCUGCGAAUGCGCGCUCGUCGUGGGGACGCCAUCAUGCCCAGCAGCAGUAUCAGCAGUACCAGCAGCAACUGUAUCAACAACAUCAGCACCAGCAGUAUGCGGACAGGGGGCGGGUGGUGGUAGGGUCGGAUCCGAGCUCGGUUUCGGGGCCGGCGCUGAUCGAGGUUGCUGCUGGGCGGGAGAGGGAUGUGGACAGAGAUAGGGAGAGGGAGAGGUUGGGGUUGAGUGGAGGAGGGAGCAGGCGGAUCCGGGCUGUUGUUGGGGGAGGAGGAAGUGGUGGUGGUGGUGGUGGUGGGACUGGUGGGUAUGCUGCAACUACGCCCACGGUGAGAAAAUCUGCGACGAUGACGCCCGGAAGGAGGGCUGGUAUUUGGCGGAGUCCGAGGGGUGAGGGACCCGGCGCUGCUGGGCUGGGGAUCAAGGGCACGGUGGGAGGGAAGGAGAAGGAGAAGGGGAAGGGGAGGGAAAAGGAGAGGGAGAGGGCGGGUGCUAGUCCCCGCACGGAGAUGGGACUGUCGCCGCCGGGUCGGGACGAUGAGGAGGGGGUUUCUACGAAGGGCCUAUCGCUCUAG